UUUUUUCACUUUUGUCAGUUGCUUUUCGAAUGCAGUCGUGAUUUUGUUAUCUCCGAGGGAAUCGCUGUCACGUUGGUUGGUGGAAUUUUUUAUGUUCUCGUUGUUGUUGUGAAGUUCAUUUUUUGCUCAUCCUUUUGUUAUCUCUUGUCAUCAUCAGCGCCGCGAAACACAGUUUUUAAAAUUUUAUUUUUCCUUUCAUAAUUAUUCUCGUUUUGGAAAUUUUGUGUUAUCUGAGUUUUUUGACCAAGAAAAUAUAAAAGAAUCUUUUUGAAAAAAAAAGAAACAUAAUCCAGACAUUUAAAAGGAAAAAAACAACAACAGUAAAAGACAAAAGGAAAAAAACAAUUUUGUUUUUUCAUUUUAUUAUUAUUCUGCGCUUGAUUUGACUAUUUGCAUAAAAUUAUCUGAAUAACGAGGAAGAAAAAGUAAAUUUCCAACUGAAAAAUGUCAGACACCAAGAGCUUUUCCAGCAUAGAAACCCCUGGAUAUGUGGGCUUUGCCAACCUUCCGAAUCAGGUUCACAGAAAAUCCGUGAAAAAAGGCUUUGAAUUCACUCUGAUGGUUGUGGGCGAGUCUGGUUUGGGUAAAUCGACUCUAGUAAACAGUUUGUUUCUCACAGAUUUGUAUCCAGAAAGAAUAAUUCCUGACGCUGUUGAAAAACAAAAGCAAACAGUGAAACUUGAGGCGUCGACUGUUGAAAUCGAAGAACGUGGUGUAAAACUUCGUUUAACAGUCGUCGAUACACCAGGAUUUGGUGAUGCCAUAGAUAACUCAGACAGUUUUAGUGCAAUACUCGAAUACAUCGAUGAGCAAUACGAAAGAUUCUUACGUGACGAGAGCGGUUUGAAUCGUCGUAAUAUAGUUGACAAUCGUAUACAUUGCUGUUUUUAUUUUAUAUCGCCAUUUGGUCAUGGACUAAAACCUCUGGAUGUUGAAUUUAUGAAGAAACUUCAUUCAAAAGUUAAUAUAGUGCCUGUAAUUGCUAAAGCCGAUUGCCUCACAAAAAAAGAAAUUCUUCGCUUGAAAUGUCGCAUCUUGGCGGAAAUCGAAGAGCAUGGAAUAAAAAUUUACCCACUGCCUGACUGUGAUAGCGACGAAGAUGAAGAUUAUAAAGAACAAGUGAAACAGCUUAAAGAAGCUGUUCCGUUUGCAGUUUGCGGUGCAAAUACCCUUUUGGAAGUUAAAGGAAAGAAGGUGCGAGGUCGUUUGUAUCCAUGGGGUGUCGUAGAAGUAGAGAAUCCAGAACAUUGUGACUUUAUUAAACUCAGGACAAUGCUUAUAACCCAUAUGCAAGACCUUCAAGAGGUCACUCAGGAAGUUCAUUAUGAAAACUAUCGUUCAGAGCGUCUAGCUAAAGGCAUUAACAACAAAAAGAAUGGACCCACUAAAGAAAUCGAUCGUGAUUCGGUGCAAACUAACAAUAGCCAUUCGGACAAAGACCGAAUACUCCUUGAAAAGGAAGCAGAAUUAAGACGCAUGCAAGAAAUGCUGGCACAAAUGCAAGCCAAAAUGCAAGCCCAGCAAUAAAGCAAUGCAUUUACCAAGAGUAUUUGCAACCGAAUGCGUUGUGUAUUAGUUAUCUCCCCUUAAACAUAACUCUCAUUUAGUGCUUACAUUUAAUAUAAUUUCAUUUUUGCUUUCAUUUAGAAUUUAAAGAAAAAAAAUUAAAUAAACAAACAAAACACAUAAAUACAAUAUAUUAUAUAUUUUUAUAUGACCUUAUAUUUUAAGUUCUCAUGCACUUAUUUCAAGAAAAACAAAAAAUUAUUAAAACUACUUUUAAAUUUAAGAACAGUAUUUUUAUGGUUAUAAUUAUUAUUUUUUUUUCUCUGAAAAGAAAAAAAGAACAAAAAAAACUUUUGGUUCCAUUUAAUUUUUGGUCACCACUUAAAAUGUUGUAAAUAUUUUUGGAACAAAUAAAAAAAAUGUGUUUCGCAUGUGUAAACAAAGAAUAUUGAAGGAAAUAGCAAAUCCUAUUUAAUAACACUAUUGUAAUCAUUAUAUAUCUACAAAAAUAUGACGCAAUAUAUUGAAGUUUUUUAAUUAAAA